AUGGCCCCUUUGAAAUUGAGCCUUGCGUGCUGGGACUACGACCGAGUCAAGGCAAUCGAAGAUGGGCGGGUUCGACCAGAGGGCAUCGAGCUCACUUUCCUCAAUCUUCGAGUAGAAGAAACAUUCUUUCGUCAACUGCGAUACCAGGAAUUUGAUGUCAGCGAAUUGUCCUUGUCGUCCUAUGUUUUCACGCUCAACUCCCCCAACCCUCCAUUUAUUGCGCUCCCAGUCUUUCCCUCGCGGAUGUUCCGCCACCAGUCUAUCUAUGUCAACAAGAAGGCUGGUAUUACCCAUCCUUCGCAGCUGGCUGGCCGCCCAGUCGGCACACCAGAAUUCCAAAUGACUGCUCCAGUCUGGCAGCGCGGGAUCCUGCAAGACGAGUAUAGCCUACAGUUUGAUGCGCCGCAUUAUUACACGGGAAACGUCGAGCCCUCGAACGAGGAACGCGCCGAAAAAAUACCGCUCGCAUUGGCCGAUAGCGUCAAGAUAACCCGUAUCGAGAAGGGCAAAUGUCUUGCUCAAAUGCUGGCAGAUGGUGAAAUCGUGGCCCUCGAAAGCGCCACCGCACCAUCCACUUUUGGAACCCACCCUGACGUCGGCCGGCUUUUCCCAGACGCUAAAACCGUCGAGCAGGAGUACUUCCAGCGCACGGGCAUUUUCCCAAUCAUGCAUGUCAUCGCCGUCAAACGGUCUGUGCUUGCCGCUAACCCAUGGGCCGCCCAAUCCCUGACCAAAGCAUUUGCCUCCGCACUCGAUUACGCUUACGACGCGAUUCAUGCACGAGGAGCCUUGCGAUAUAUCCUACCGUGGAUGCAGUUCCAUGUAGAGGAGACGCAGGCUGCUUUGUGUAAGGAAGGAGAUGGCAGUGAUGGAAAGUGGUGGCAGGAUGGACUGACGGCGCAGAAUCGGCGGACUCUGGACAAAUUUUUGGAGUAUUCCUUUGACCAGGGCCUUGCGAAAAGACGAUGGCAGGUGGAGGAACUUUUCGCGCCCGGUUCGCUAGAGGCUUUCGUACUCUGA